AUGGCCAAAACAGCAAUCGCAUAUAAAGAGAAGAUGAAGGAGCUGUCCGUCCUCUCCCUCAUCUGCUCCUGCUUCUACCCAGAGGCACGCAACAAGCUUGUGUCUGAGUUUGAAGACAUGGAGGUGAAAGCUAUAAACAAGCGACGCUCUGGCCAGGCCUUUGAGGUGAUUCUCAAGCCCCCGUCUCCAGUGUCAGAUGUGGCCCACAACCUCCCCUCACCCCCAAAGAGGGACAUCUCCUUGGAGGACAUUGAGAAGAAACUUGAGGCUGCUGAAGACCGGAGGAAGUAUCAAGAGGCCCAGGUGCUGAGGGCUCUGGCAGAAAAACGAGACCAUGAGAGGGAAGUGUUGCUAAAGGCCAUGGAAGAGAACAGCAACUUCAGCAAAAUGGCCGAGGAGAAGCUCCAGAUGAAGAUGGAUCAGAUCAAGGAGAACCGUGACGCCCAUCUGGCCGCCAUGAUUGAGCGUCUACAGGAGAAGGAGAUACAUGCAGCUUUGGUGCGCAAGAACAAAGAGCUGAGGGAAGAGCUGACAGCAUGAGCCUCGCACAAGUCCUGACUUCCAUGGUCCAUCAACGUCCCCCCAUCCAGUCCCACCCCCCUUCCUCGCCCUGCCCUCACCCUCCUCAGACACCCAACAGACACCCAACCCUGGAGACCAUCACAUCACAACACACCACACCACCAGUACUCACCACUAUCAGUAUUAUCAGUGGAUACAAACAUCAUUAACACUCAUCUUGAGAGUUUA